GGAGGAUGCUGCAAAGAGAACAGUCAGCAGGAGAGAGGUGACUAGAGAAAUGUGUGCUAGCUGUCUUCGGUGCAGAAAAGAUUAACUGCCGACCGAAACAGGGCCAGGCUGGGCAGGUGCUCACUGUCAGGCUCUUAAGAGACAAUUUAGCCCAAAGGGCUUUCUGUGCAGGCAUCAGGAUUGCAGAGUAAUGCAACAGGAGGGAAGGAGUCAUUUUAUGGCCCAGUUAUAGAACUAGGAAAUUCAGGAGUCAACCUAGAUCAUCUUGGGGAUUCAGGGACGAUGAAGUUGGAGGAAAAGUUUGAGGACAGGGAGAGCCUUGUUGAAAGGAGUCAGCCAUGUCUACAUGACAUGCUUCAGGCAAAUGGGAAACCGAGAGCAAAUGGGAAAGCGGAGGUCUAUGAAAAGCAGGAGGCAAAUGGCAAGAGCGACACGCUCAAGAAAUGUCUCAACGUGUACACCUGGCAGGAGAUCCAGAGACACAAUAAGGAGACCGACCAGUGGUUGGUGAUUGAUCGUAAGAUUUACAAUGUGACUGACUGGGCAAGCAAGCAUCCAGGUGGGCAUCGGGUGCUCAACCACUAUGCUGGGGAAGAUGCCACGGAUGCCUUCCGGGCCAUGCAUCUGAAUCUCAGCGUUGUGGAGCUGUACCUUAAGCCCCUGCUCAUUGGAGAACUUUCUCCAGAAGAACCCAGUCAGGAGAAAAACAAAAACCCACAGUUGGUGAAAGAUUUCCGUGAAUUGCGCAAGACAUUAGAGACCAUGGAUAUGUUCCGUGCCAACCAGGGGUUCUUCUUUCUCCACCUUGCUCAAAUCUUGAUUUUGGAAGUUUUAGCAUGGCUAAUACUACGUCAUUUCGGCAGUGGCUGGACUGUUACCAUAUUCAUCUCUUUUCUCCUUACAGUUUCUCAGGCUCAAAGUUCAUUUUUACAACAUGAUAUAGGACACCUUACCUUGUUUAAGAAGUCCAAGUGGAACCACCUGAUGCACAAAUUUGUAAUGUGUCACCUCAAGGGCCUGUCAGCUAACUGGUGGAAUUACAGACACUUCCAGCAUCAUGUAAAACCAAACAUCUACCCCAAGGAUCCAGACAUUGAUGUGGGCCCACUUUUCCUGAUUGGAGAUACUCAGCCGGUUAAGUAUGGCAAGAAGAAAAUAAAAUACAUCGACUACGAGAAGCAGCACCUGUACUUCUACAUGGUUGCCCUUCCCUUCCUCAUGCCUGUCUACUUUAAUCUCCAAUCCAUACAAGUGAUGUAUCUUCGAAAGUAUUGGGCGGACAUCGCUUGGGUUACCAGCUUUUACAUUCGAUAUUUCAUCACAUUUGGCCCUUUCUAUGGAAUUUUUGGAACAAUACUGCUCAUACAUUUGGUCAAGUUAAUUGAGAGCCCCUGGAUUGCCUAUGUUACUCAGAUGAGCCACAUACCAAUGAAAAUGAGCAGAGAGGAGAACCACGACUGGCUCAGCACUCAGAUUGUGGCCACCUGUAAUAUUGAACAAUCUUUUUUCAAUGACUGGUUCACUGGGCACUUGAACUUCCAAAUUGAACACCACCUCUUCCCCACAAUGCCACGCCAUAAUUAUCACAAGGUGGCACCUCUGGUGAAGUCACUGUGUGCCAAGCAUGGAUUGCAGUAUAUAAAUAAGCCCAUACUGAAGGCAUUUGGAGACAUUGUCAGGUCCUUGAAGAAGUCUGCUGCUCUCUGGAUGGAUGCUUACUACGAAUGAUGCAGAGUUGUGCACCUAUCGGUGACUCUGAAGGGAGUAGUGGCUGUGCAAGAGCUCUUCUCUGAUAAAUUGAGAAUUAACUGGCAAUGUUGGCAUACCUGAGUGUGUCAGGAAUGUGAAUCCCAAAGACACAUGACAACCUCUCAAUGAAGGUCUUCUCCAUAACUGAGAGGAGGAAGAAAGACAGGGUGACUUUGAUCAAAAUAACAAAAGGAAAUGGUAGCUCAUUGUUUCUACUUUUUCACUGUGAUCUUGGACUUAGUUCCAAUAGUCCUCAGUGAGAUUGUUUCCACGGGGAGUAUAAGAUGACAUGAACAUAAAUGGAAGUAAUAAAAGUAAAUAUCUCUGACAGAGUCCAUUGAAAAUCGGUGUAAUUGACCUUACAAGAGAAUUGUUUAUUUAAAACAUCCCUGCUGAAGUACUGAUUUUUGCUUACUUCCUUUCAAAUAGGGGAACUUCUUCAAAAAUUGAUAAUAAUUAACAUUAAAAUAACUUCAAAUGUU